UUGCAUGCUGACGACGUACGGCUUUUGAACUUCUUAUUGAUACGACCCGCGGCAGACUGUCAGAAUCUAUUCAUAAGUAUAGAUUACCGCCUGUUACAGCGUUUUCCACUUCUCCAAUCAAAAUUUUCAGAGAGGAGCUAGAAAGCAGACUGGUGGGGGAGAAUUGGCGCAUUCGACGGCUGAAAGGAUCGAUCUAUGUUCGUCUCCACACCGAGGUUAGGUUCCUUUGUCGCGAUCCUCGCUGGUAUGCUCGCCUACGACCCCUGGGACCCCGACAGUAUGGACCGGGCAAGGAUCUAUACUAACCCCAUCGCUAACCCCAUCUUGGCUAUAUCUAACGGCGCCAGCGUAUACCAAUGAGGCUAACAGCUUAGCUCUGGGAACGGUUCUCUUCAAGGGUCGAGGUGGCCGUCUGACUGUGUUUGCCCUAUUAAUUGGAAUGCCUCCAAUCAAUGCGGUUAACACUUCAUUUGCAUCUCAUUUUCAUGCGGAGAGAACUUGUGGGCCGAUGAAGUUGUGCAUUUCGUUUCUUUAUUCGACUUCCCGGCCCCCCCUCUUCUGACCUCUCUCCUAGCCUCGCCGCUUCUAAUGUAACGUAGAAGUAUAUCAUUCCGUCUUAUAACCGAUAGGAAACAUGCCUGCCCAACAUCGAAUUGCUUGAGAAUCUGUUUCUCCUGCGCGUGCCGUCAUGGCUUACGAGUCAUCCGAAGCAGAACAUGUCGGCUAUGCGUGCGCGGCACUGUCUGUUUUCAUCCUCGCUAUACGGAUAGUCAUCUCGAGAUGGCGCCGCGAACCAUUCGACCUCGGUUUCUUCCUCGUCGUGCUGUCGAUGCUCGUCAUCAUCGGCCGGAUCGUCGCCAACAAUUUCUAUCUACAAUUCGGAACUGCUAACGAUGUGUUACACAAUGGCAUCGUGCCCUCUAGCGACGACGAGUACCGGUUGAAAGUCGGGAGCAUUCUGGUCCUUCUCGCCAGAGUUUUACUUACCGCUGGCCUCUGGCUACAGGUCUGCCUUCUGCUAUUGUUCUACUCGCGGAUUACUUCUGGCAUUACUUGGGCGAACCGACUCACCAAGAUAACCUGGGCCACUCUGGGAAUCACCUUCGUCGCCAUCGUGCUCGCGACAUUCCUCGAAUGCCGUCCGAUCGAGCUUUACUGGCAGGUAGAGCCUGAUCCAGGGACAUGUGUACGCGCCUACGUCCAGCUGCUUCUUCUGGGUAUCUCGAACGUCGUCAUCGAUCUACUGGUCCUUCUCAUCGCGUAUCCUCUAAUCUGCCUGAGGAAGCGAAGCUUGUCGGAAUACAUUUCCUUGUAUACCUUGUUUGCGCUCGGCACCUUCUGCAUCGUCGUAACGAUAAUCCGCGUCGUCCUGAUCUUCAACGAGAAUUCUUCCCAGACCACUCGCAGCCUUUGGGCGUCCGUGCAAAUGUUCGUGUCGUGCUUCGUGGCGAACGCGCCCACUAUUUACGGCUCUCUACGGGUUGCGCGGCGCAAAAGGUCUGGCCAUCGGAGCGCGCCGGACUAUGCGAGCGGCGAGCCGCUGAGUCGGCCCUCGCGUUUCGAAAGGGAAUCUUGGAUCAAGAUGGAUGAGGAGCUCGCCUCCAAAUCGACAGCACCUGAGGUGCGAGAUAGUCUUAUAUCUCCUCCCCCUCCCGCGGUAAUCCCCCACGACGACGACGACCCAAUCGUUCCUGCGUCGCGCUCUCGCUCUCCGUCUCUUAUAUUUGACGCGAGAUGAACAUAUCUCUAAGAUGAGACAUGCUAUUAAGAAUAUUAACACCUGUUCACGGUGCUGCGACACCUUGGUGGAAGGAUUGUGACAGCAGGAACCGUCUUCUGGCGUCUCUUUAGUCGCACCUUCGGGGAUGGUUUGAAAAGCACGGAUUCACACACAUUGUCGAUCAUUGUGAACAGUGCGCUGGCGCCAAAUCCAUGGUAGCUACUGGUUCGACAACGAAUCCGAGCCAACCCUGUCGUGAAGGGCUGGAUUAGGGCUGAAAAUUCAAUCAGCUCUUGACGAAUUGAUUAAAAACAAAUGAUUGACCACCCUAGAAAAGGGGGCCGACCGACCCAUCUAGUAAGCAAAACUU